AUCGAACUGGCGGGCGCAGCGUUUUGAAGUCAUCGGAUUUAUUGGAAUUAUGGGGUCGUCACCAGAGAUGGAGAGGUUUGGUUUGUCGGAUGUGGAAUAUUCGUUCAUGAUGGAUCCUUUAAAACGACGCCACAACCAAUCAAAGAAGCAAACAAUAUACGGGAUUUUUGCCUCAGACGAUUCUGAUUCAGAGCCUGAAAGAAGUGGCUUCGGUGGACGUGAAGCUGGUUUCAAGCGUAAGGGUGCCAAUUAUUCAGCACCGAUCACCUUUGUCAGUGGUGGAGUGAAGGCAGGUGCCGGUGCUUCGUCUGGUCCGAAAGAAAAUAACGAAGAAGUCGACCAGAUUUCGGAUGAUGAAGACGACAAAUCUGUCCUAAGGAGUUUGCGUCCUUAUCAUGAUUCAGACUCUGACUCACCAAAUUCAGAUAUUCAUCGUAAACCUGACAGACCUGCGGGCAUAUCCGUUGGGGCCGGUCGACGUGUAGCAGCAGCCGCUGCAGCGGCGAAGUCUGCGACCUCUGGUUUCGGGGCUUGGGAAAGGCACACAAAGGGUAUUGGAAUGAAGCUUUUAGAGCAGAUGGGUUACGAACCGGGCAAGGGUCUUGGUUCUGACGGUCGGGGUAUUGUUACUCCAGUUCAAGCUGUCCAACGAGUGGGGAAAGUAUCAGUAGGGUAUUAUGGAUCUGAAAAAGCUCCCGCCCCUCGUCGAGGAAAUGAGACUGUCGUUGAAGAUUCAGACUCUGGUAAGUUAUUUUUGAUCUAUAAGUAA